AUGGGUGACAAAAAGGGUAAAAAAAAGGGAGGAGGAGAAGAAGAUGAAUCCACCUUACAGCUAUAUAGAUUAUACAAAAAAAAAUGUGAAUUUAAUGGUGUACCAAUAUCCAAAUUAUUUAAAGAGAAAUUAGAUUAUGCCAUUGAAGAGGAAGAGCAUAUAACAAAAAUACACAUGUGGGAAGAAAUAGGCCCUGUAGGAAUUCGUGCAAUAAUGGACUCAUUAUCAGAAAUAUAAUACUAACAUACAAAAAGUGUCCGAUUAUGGAAAGUAAGAGCAUAAGAUGAAGGAACAAGAACUAUUUGUAAUUAUAUGGAAAAAGUAAAGACUUUAGAAUUAUUAGAUUUAAUGGAUAAUUAAAUUAGCAAAUUGGGAUGCGAAUUUCUUGGAAGAAUGGUUCAAAAUAUAUUCAAUAAAUAUUAUCUUAUAUAAACACAAAUUUGA